AUGGCGUGUUGUCAUCGGGGGCCCGGGGUCCUCCUCGCGUUCCUCCUCUUCCUCCUCCCUCCCCCGCCUCCGGCGGUGGCGGCGGCGCCAUGGUUGGGAGCGUUGGGGCGGUGGCGAACGGUGGUCUCCCUCUCCCAUUCUCUCCUGCAGCGCGUGGCCAACCUGCGGACCGAGAGGGGCGACCACACCGGCGCCGCCCGUGCCCGCGCUAUAGCGCACAGGCUGGAGCUGCUUGGCGGUGGCGGUGGCGGCGCCGAGGGGGGGCUGUGGUCACUGUGCUGGGACUACCUCCGGAACUACGCCUGGCGCGAGGGUGGCGGCAUCGGCGGCGUCGAGGCGACGGCGGAGAUUUACCGCGCGGCGGGAGAGCUGGUCUCGUCAUUGCAGGAAUUGGGGCCGCUUCGAUCGGACGCCGAGAGAGCUCAGUGGGCGGCCAGGAACUACCCCAAGAUGGUCUCUGCCGCCGGCACGAUAUUCCGCCGCCUCUCCCAGGCCUUCUGGAGAUCGGUAACCCUUUGUUCUCCUCGGAAACCUAAUUGAUACGUGUGGUUCAGAAACCCUAGGUUUUUCUGGAGGACUAACAGCUGCUGCUGCUGAUGUUGUCGCUGCCGCAGGGGGCCCUGCGAGAGACGGUGCUGUUGUUACAGAAGGAGGUGGCGGAUGGGGAUCUGGUGCGGGACUGUCUCCGGGUGGGGGCCCAGGACCUCGAAGGCUUGAUCCUCAUCGCUAGGGAUCUCUUCUUCUCGUCCUCCACGGGUUCCUCCGUGCCCCCUGAUAGUGACUACGAUCUCUGA